AUCGAUUAUUUCAAAAACGGACCAAUGGGAACGAUGGGAACUCUUACUUCUUAAUGCCAUUGUAGACUGGGCUUAAGAAAGUACGCGGAUGCUGUUUCCCGCUGUUUCCCGCUCAUUUCCGUAUUGCUGGAAUCGUGAUUUUGAACGUGAAGGUUAAGAACGGUUAAGAAGGCAAAAGAUUGUGGCAGAUUGCGAGAAUAGUAUCCGUAGAAAGAUGUUUCCUAACAGAAAGAGAAAGUAUCCCUUUUUCAAGAAAAACUUCAAGACACAAAAUAAAAGAGGUCGUUGGGCAGAAUCAGAAGCCAAAGUUGCAUCUUCCGUCCCGUUAAAAGAUUAUAAUUCCAUGGUGAACUUAUUUGCCUCCAGAUGUCAAAUGAGGGAGGGAAUUAAUCCUACUAAAGCCCAGAUUUCGAGAUAUCAUAUUCUAGAAAGAGGUAAUACGGGACGAGAAAUAUGCCGGAGGAUUAUAGGCACGCAUAUUGGACCUAGUCGCUCUUAUAGUAACUUUGAUAAUGUUAUUCCUGCAUUGUCACCAAUACUGGAAUCUUUUAAGAAUCAGCACAACCGAUUCAAUUAUCUCGAUAAAUUAAAAUUCGUAAUAGCAACAGGAGAUAAAAAGUAUGCAAAGCAGAAAUACAAGAAUCAAAUCCACAUGCGUUUCAUGCAAACUUUUGUGAAAAUAUUGCUGCGUAAGAUUAUUCCAGUGGAAUUGUUUGGAACGGCACGAAAUGUAAAAGUUUUAAAACAUACGAUAAAUUGUCUGUUGAAAACCGUUCCAAAGAGAAUGAAAAUAAAGAAACCUUUUAAAAGAACUUUGCACAAAGAGGAUGGUACUGCUAUGGGUGCAUCACUAGAUAUACGACCACUAUUGAAAAGACUUGAUAUUUCCAAAAUUAACUGGUUGCAUUCAAUUGAGAGUAAUAAUGGACGGUGGAUAAUGAUUCUAAAACUGUUACAUUGGUUUUUCGCGCAAUAUGUUGUAAAGAUUCUUCAUAAGUACGUGGUGUUAAUACCACUUAAGGGACAGUGGGUUUACAUCACAAAAGACGAUUGGUGCAGGAUGCAAGAAGAGUUUAUAAAGGAGAAAGAAAGUAGUGGUGCUCUGGAACCAUGGACACCUACAUCACCUACAUCACUAGCUAAACUACCAUCUUUUAUACCCAUCGGAAGUUACAAAUUUAUUCCGGGCUCUUCUGGCGUGAGAGCUGUAUUUUUAGCCAAAUAUGCUAUUAAACCAAUUUUCGACGAUAUUGAUGUUACUUUGAGAUUUUUACAACAACUAUACGCCACAAAGUUGAGUAAGAAAGUGCGAAAUGUAACGAGGUGUCACGAAGAUAUUAAUAAGUUUAAAGAGUCGACCAAGAAUCGAUUAUACUACGUGUGUUGCGAUAUACAGGAUGCAUUCGGCUCGAUAAUACAAGAAAAAUUAUACGAUAUCAUCAAAAUGUACUGCAGAGAAUUGUCGCAUAAUAAGCCACUCUCAUUAUCGACUUGUAUGCUAUCAAGAGCUAGAAAGAGCUGUAUGAAGAAUAAGAACCAGAACAAAGCACAAACAGUGCUAUUUAAAGAUCUCAAAAGUGCAUUGAAGAAUAUAGAGUCAAGCGAAGCAUGUUUAAAAUCAGUUUCAAGGGGGAAACUAGUUAGUAAAAUACAGAAAUUGAUAUUUCAGCAAAAGGUUAAAUUGAAUGAUCGCGUGUACUCGAUAAAGCUUGGUGUCCCACAGGGUAUCUCCACAUCGCCUAUUUUAUCCGACAUAUAUUAUCAACACAUGAUUAACGAGCUAUUUUCCGAGUACAUAAGCAAGGGAUUUUUAAGGAGAUAUGUUGAUGACAUAUUAUAUAUUACUGAGAGUGAACAUGCUGCAACAGAAGUUUUAGAGCUGGUAAGGAACGGGAUACCGGACUACAAUGUGAAAUUCAAUCCCAACAAAAUAGAGUCCAAUGUAGGCCUACCGUACACACCUACAAAGAUUAAGUUUCUGGGAUGUGACGUUCAAUUUUAAAGCUUUCUAUACUAUUAUAUUAUAAUAUAUGUAUUUUUACUUUUAUAUGUACUAUUAUGUGUAUUUUUAAGUUUUUAAUAAAGAUU